GAAAGUUGUUUGUCUAAAGGUUGACCGUUGACGUCUUAUUAUAGUGUGUUUCUAAGUUCCUAUUGAGAAAAGGUUACCGAUAUAUUUGCGAAUUAAGAAAUAUUAGGAAUAAUUAAAUAGUUUUUCCAUAAUGGACGAGAAUAUUCUCUUAUUUCUUAUAUUAAGCUUCUCAUGGAUUGAAUAUUUAUGGGAACUAUAUCUCUCCUUACGGCAGCGUAAAAUAUAUAAAACUAACAAAAACAUCCCAGAGGACCUUAAAACGAUGCUAAAUGAAGAGCAAUUUGAAAAAGCUCGUAUAUAUGGAAUUGAUAAGACAAACCUCAAAAUAGCUAAGGAAUUUUACAGUAUGACAAUAACAUCAAUAAUUCUUUAUAAGAGAUGGAUAUCUGUUGCAUGGCAAAAGUCAGAAGGCAUUGCUGAGAUUUUCAAUGUUAGUCCCAAACAAGAAAUUUUAAUAAGUUGUACUUUUAUGACAUUUGUAACAUUAUUCAACUUUGUUACUAAUAUGCCUUUCUCAAUCUAUGGCACUUUUGUACUCGAACAGAAACAUGGUUUCAACAAGCAAACUGUUGGCUUUUUCAUAAAAGACCAAUUGAAAUCUUUAGUACUCAGUCUUGUUAUAACAUUACCAGUGGUUUCAAUGGCAAUAUACAUAAUAAUGCUUGGUGGUAAAAUGUUUGUAGUUUGGUUAUGGCUAUUUACCACUGUGACUACUUUGUUAUUGCUAAUGCUUUACCCUUCAGUAAUAGCACCUUUGUUUGAUAAAUUUGUUCCUCUAUCUGAUGGAUCUCUGAGAACCGCGAUAGAGAAUCUAGCAUCAAAACUUAAAUUUCCUCUUACUCAGAUAUACAUUGUGGAAGGUUCCAAGAGAUCGGCUCAUAGUAAUGCAUAUUUCAGUGGUCUGUUUGGUGCUAAAAGAAUUGUUUUAUUUGAUACUUUACUAGAGAAAGUAGAUGAAGAUAAAAAAGUUACAACGGGCUGUACGGAAAGUGAAAUUUUGGGUGUUUUAGCACAUGAACUUGGUCACUGGAGUUGUAGCCACAUUUAUAAAUCCAUAGCUCUAACUGAAGUUAACUUACUUCUUCUAUUUACAGCAUUUGGGGCUCUUUUCAGAUAUUCCAUGUUAUAUAUGGCUUUAGGAUUCCCUCAAGGCCAGGAACCAAUUAUUAUUGGACUGAUUGUUGUCUUACAACUUAUUCUUGCACCGUACAAUUCACUUUUGUCAUUCUUUGCAACAGCUUUAUCUAGAAAAUUUGAGUUUGAAGCUGAUAACUUUGCAGUUUCCCUUAAUUAUUCUAAGGAACUGAGAUCUGCUCUCAUUAAGUUAGGGAAAGAUAAUUUGGAUUUCCCGAUCUACGACAAACUUUACUCAGCCUGGUACCAUUCACAUCCAACUUUGUUGCAUAGAAUUGAAAAUAUUCAGAAUUUAAUCAAAGAGCAAAAGAAAGAAUUGUAAAUUAUGCAUAAAAAUAAUAGUAAUACAGUGAGUUGACUACUUAUAUCAGUACAAUUAAUAAUUAAGUGGUUUUGCAUUUAAAUGUGCUACUAUAAGAUCUAUUUUAUGAUAAUGCAGCAUAAUUAAUGUAUUUUCCCCUAUAAAAUACAUGCACAAAGUGAAAAUCGCAUUUAAAACAUGCACUCGGAUUAGGCUUAAAAAGUGAACCAUAAUGUUUUGAAAGCAUUUAAAAUAUAAUGAACACCAAUAUUUUUUAUACUAUAUUUUAUGAGUUACCAAUUUAAUAUUGGAUAUUAUAACAUACACCAUCUAACUAUAAGAUAUUUUUAUAUAACUGUCAAUUCCAAUAUACUUUAGUGGUUCAAUAAACUUUUCUAUGUCUUA